AUGGAAUUUUAUGGAAAGAGAACACUCCUCACCUUAAUGGACAAAGAAAAACCAGAACAACCAGAAUCCCCCAACAUUCACCUUCGUCUCCAAAUCCAAACUCACAGAGAAACAAAUGAACAAGACCUUCAGUUUAGUCCACCAAGACCUUCUAUCUUCCCACAAUCACCAUGGACACUCUCUCAUCUUCCAUCUCCUCCCCCUUCAUUGCUCUACCAUUGCAUCGCCUCCCUCCAUCGCCACGAAGGAAACAUCUACUCCAUUGCAGCUUCGAAAGGCUUCAUCUUUACCGGAUCCAACAGUAGUCGAAUUCGUGUUUGGAAGCAGCCAGAUUGCAUGGACAAAGGCUACCUCAAAUCAAACUCCGGCGAGGUUCGCGCCAUUUUAGCUUAUAACAACAUGGUUUUCACCACACACAAAGAUCACAAAAUCAGAAUAUGGAACUUCAGUGUUUCAGAAAGCUUCAAAUCCAAGAAAGUAGCUACUCUUCCAAAGAGAAAAAACAACUCUCUUCUAAACUUCAACCGAACAAAAAACAACAACAAUGCUCACAAUUACAAACACAAAGAAACCAUUUCUUGCAUGGCUUAUUACCAUUCAGAAGGGUUGUUAUACACUGGCUCUCAUGACAGAACUGUAAAAGCUUGGAGAAUCUUUGAUGGAAAAUGCAUUGAUUCAUUUCUAGCACAUGGAGAUCAUGUAAAUGCUGUAUUGGUGAACCAAGACGAUGGUUGUGUUUUCACAUGUUCUUCUGAUGGAUCAGUGAAAAUAUGGAGAAGGGUAUACACAGAAAACUCACACACAUUAACAAUGACACUAAAGUUUCAGGCUUCACCAGUGAACACACUAGCACUGAGUUCAUCCUUCAACCAUUGUUUUCUGUAUUCAGGAACUUCAGAUGGAAUGAUAAAUUUCUGGGAGAAGGAGAGGUUGUGUUAUAGGUUCAACCAUGGAGGGUUUCUGCAGGGUCAUAGAUUUGCAGUACUUUGUGUUGUGACAGUAGGGAACAACAUGGUGUUUAGUGGCUCGGAGGAUACGACGAUACGGGUUUGGAGAAGAGAAGAAGGGAGUUGUUAUCAUGAAUGUUUGGCUGUUUUGGAUGGACAUAGAGGACCUGUGAGGUGUUUGGCUGCUUGUCUUGAGAUGGAAAAGGUUGUUGUUGGGUUUUUGGUUUAUAGUGGGAGUUUGGAUAUGACCUUUAAGGUUUGGAGGAUUAAGGUUUUUUGUGAGGAUGAGAAUGUGUAUUUGGAUGUUGUUGGUGAAAAGUGUGAUGGGAGAGUGAAGAAGAUUAGGGAGUAUGAUAUGAGUCCUGUUUUGUCACCUUCUUGGGUUGAGAAGAAACUUCAAGGUAGUAGUCCUUUUCAGUAA